UGCCAAAGAAAAAAAAGAGAGCAAUGGAUAUCCAUCUCCAAGUAAAUGAAAGCAUUUAACGCUUCAAUAUAAUUGCCAAACCAGAAAAAAAAAAUGUUAAUUUCUCAGUGGCGCCACAGAUUCGAGGCUCUGGUCAACGACCGAUGGCUAGUCUUCGUGUGUGCGAUGUGGGUACAGUCCGUCGCCGGCGUCGGCUACAUCUUCGGCGGUUCUAUGUCUCCGGCGAUCAAGACCGCCCUCGGUUACGACCAGAGGCAGAUCUCUGUUCUCGGCGUCGCUAAGAACCUCGGCGAUGCCAUCGGCUUCGUCUCCGGUGCCUUGUCCGAGGCCUUUCCGCCUUGGGUUGUUCUCCUCGUAGGCGCAGCACACAACCUUGUCGGCUAUGGCGUUGUCUGGCUCGUCGUCUCUGGUCUGUGGCCAAGGCUGCCCCUGUGGAUGUUAUUCAUUGCCAUUUUUCUGGGAACAAAUGGCGAAACCUACUACAACACGGCAUCACUUGUUUCAUGCAUCCAGAACUUCCCGGAUAGUCGUGGCCCUGUUGUGGGAAUCCUGAAAGGGUUUUCGGGUUUGAGUGGAGCGAUCUUGACUCAGGUUUAUUCAAUGUUCAAUCCCCGUAAUGAUUCGUCGGUUAUUCUCAUGGUUGCCAUUGGUCCACCUAUUGUUGUUCUUGCUCUACUCUUCAUUGUCAGGCCUGUAGAAGGACACGGAGAGAACCGACCAUCUGAUAACUUACGGUUCUUGGUUAUUUACGGGUUUUGCUCUGUCCUUGCAGUAUAUUUACUGGGAAUAUUGAUUCUUCAGAAUCUUUUCGAUUUAACUCAAACAGUCAUCACUAUUUUUGGAGCUGCUCUUGUCAUUCUCAUGGUGGUUCCACUUCUCAUCCCUGUUGCAUCUGUCUCUUUCUGUGGGAAACUAAAAAAUGCUACCUUAGAGAAGGUUGAAGGAAACUCCGACGUUGUGGAUGAAAACGAGGAGGAAAAUUUGGUUGAGAGCAGCAGGGAGAGUCUUCCACCUUUUGAAACUCGAGAAAGGAGAAAACAAUCGUGCAUUGGAGAAAACUUCACCUUGUUGCAGGCUUUGAGAGAAGCCGAUUUCUGGCUUAUAUUCUUCUCUCUCAUUCUCGGCGUAGGCUCCGGGAUAACUGUUAUAGACAACCUUGGCCAGAUCUGUUAUUCCCUCGGCUACACCAACACGAAAAUAUUUGUUUCGAUUAUCAGCAUCUUCAAUUUUCUCGGCCGGGUUGCGGGCGGAUACUUCUCAGAGCUAAUAAUGAGGAAACUUGUUCUUCCCCGACCAUUGGCCAUGUCGGUGGUGCAAGCGAUCAUGGCCUUCGGACUCGCUUACUACGCGAUCGAUUGUCCUGGCAAAAUCUAUGUAGUGACCAUUCUAACGGGAAUGGGUUACGGUGCUCACUGGGCGAUAGCCCCUGCCUCAGUUUCCGACCUGUUCGGGUUGAAAAGCUUUGGUUCUUUGUACAAUUUCCAAAUAGUGGCAUUGCCUAUCGGCUCGUUCGUGUUUUCGGGUUUGAUGGCUAGUAACAUAUACGAUUACUUCGCCCGAAAACAAGCCGGUCCGUCGGAAACUGAGCCGCUUGUGUGCGUAGGUUCGGUGUGUUACUCGGUAACAUGUGGGAUCAUGUCCGUGGUGUGUUUGGUCGCUGUGGUGUUGAGCUUGACUGUGGUUUUUCGGACAAGGAGGUUUUACUUGAGGCUUCAUGAGUGAUUUUUGUCUCUGAGACAUUGUCUCAAUAGUCUAUUCUCAUUUACGGAGAAUCUCGUUAAUCUUUUGUUUAAUACGCGAAUUUUGUUAAACUC